AUGAAACAACUCAUAGUGGCGUCUCUUCUCAUUAGUUUGGUCAUGGUCUAUGGCCAUCCGCUGGAGCAACAGCGUGUGACGUUGGAGGACGUCGACAGUGGUCUGAAUUCAGGCGAUGAUGGCGCCGGGACACGUGCAGCACGCGGCUUUGGUGGUGGAGGUUUCUGUUGUGGAGGAGGAUACGGUGGAAGAGGAUUCGGUGGAGGUGGAUUCGGUGGAGGAGGAUUCGGUGGUUUUGGCGGCAGGCGUGGCGGUUACGGCGGUGGUUACGGUGGCGGCUACCCAGGAGGCUUUGGAGGUGGCUAUCCAGGAGGCUUUGGAGGUGGCUCCCCAUCAUUUGGAGGCGGGUACAGUAGUGCAUCGGCCUCCGCAUCAGCAUCAGCGGGUGGAUUUGGCUACGGAAAAUAG